UUUUUACAAUUAACUACAAACUGGUCUCUUAUUUAUACGAUAGGAUACAGGGAUGCGGUCAAGUGUUUCCACUGCGGGGGAGGACUGGCCGAGUGGGCGGCGGGCGAUGACCCGUGGGUUGAGCAUGCUAAGAUGUUUCCCGAUUGCAGUUUUCUCAAACUCAACAAAAGCCACUCAUUUAUACGGGAGAGUCGAGGGGGUGGCGGACCGGACAACAACACCACUACCUCCCUAUCGCCGGAGCCGAUGGCCACAACGCCUCCGCCGACGGUUAUGACCACUGAUGACGAGUCUGUGUGUCGACUGGUGGACGAGUGGAUGGGCGCGGAUGUGGUUCGAGAGCUGAUUGGGUAUAAUCUGUACUCUCGGGACGUGAUUAAAGCUACGUUGAACCGCAGGUACCACACCUGCCGGAAACCCUUUGACUCGUUUGCGCAGCUCUUUGAUGCUGUGAGCGCACUGGCGGACAGUCGUCCGGACACACACACUGCCGCCGUCGCACAGAUCGCCAGCUCCGUCAUUGAGCCCCACACCCGGCCAUCAAAUGGUGUGGCUAUUGAUGACAACAAGCCUAUGGAUAUAAACAAUAAAUGUCAACCAAAAGCCAGCGCACGGCGGCCAAUGGGGGCCAGCAUUGCACCCACUGUUGCCCUAACCAUGUCUUCCAACGUGAACACCACAACCAACAAAUUAGUGGCCAACACCUCACCGGUCGCUUCCACACCCAUCUUAUUGACCAGUGGAUCGAUGGAUACGAAUACAACAACAACGACCGUAGCCUCAUCAUCAUCACCCAUAUCGUUGUCCGAUCAAACUAGCGAUCAAUCAUUAGGAUCCAAACCCAUGUUACUCCUGCCCCCGUCGCCCACCAGUCGACUGGCCUGCAAGAUAUGUUUGGGCGCAGAGAUUGAGGUGGUUUUCCUGCCGUGCGGUCAUCAGAUGGCCUGCUCUGAGUGCGCCCAACGACUCACCGACUGUCCGGUGUGUCGGCAACCCAUCCGUGGGUUUGUUCGCACAUUUUUCUCGUAGACUACAUACAGGAGUCCGCCUGUUAUAUACAGCACAUGAUAAUCCAUGUGUGUGUUUGUGUGACAUUAUUGUCCCGUCGAUCAAUGUAUACCACACGUGUAUUUAUUCAAAACAGACUAACCUCGCACUUUUAUAUUACUGAUAUUGUUUAAGUAGCGCACCCCCACAUCAACCCCACCCCGCCAUGUUUUAG